GCUCGGGCUCACUGCGUCCCCCAUUAACGGGCUGCGUGGCGCCGGGGAUCAGCCUGCAGCACCGCCGGAGUCCCAGGUCUUUUUCUGAGAGGGACCCGAGGAGCGGAGGGGUGUUUUACAGAGCGAGGAGAGCCCCGGGAGGAGUUAGUGAGUUAACUGUAGAGUCCUGCUGUAGUAGAAGUACCCGGGGACUGCUGCUGCUGCUGCUGAGAGAAAGAGAGAGAGAGAGAGAGAGAGAGAGAGAGGGGGAGCUGCUCCUGGAGGAGAAGGAGAAGGAGGAGGGAGCCCUGCUUUUUUUUCUGCCUCUGAUUUGGGAUUAAACUCGACUCUUUGAAGAGAGAACCUGAGGCGCUGUGUGUGUUCACACUGUGAUUCCGUCCACAGGAGAGCCGCGCGCACGGUGCCUGUGGAGCCUGGAAGAGAAGAUCUGAGUCUGUGAUUUGCAAGGUUCCAGCAUUUUCUGUAUUUAGUCUGGAAAUUGAAUUUGGAAUGAACCAAGCAGGCUGGCUAAUGGCACAGAUCCUCUGGUUACCCCCUAUUGUGUAAAGCCCCCUCCUCCAUCUUCCCCGCUGCCUUUGUUUUUCUGGAUAACAUCAUGGCCCAAUGUAGGCCAAGUGUAACAUCGGAUGAUGUCAGGUCUGCAGGUCUGGAGGGCUGAAGUUCAAGGGGUGCGAUGCCUUCUCAGCAAACCUGGCUGGGAUGCAAGCAAGUCAGCUUUUCUGUAUUUGAUUCUGCCCCACAGAGUCGGGGGGUAGAAAUUUGGCCCAAGGCCCGCCAUGCAGGGUAGGCCUGAGCAGGCCCAGCACCAACAGCUAGGAUGCCAAUCACCCAGGAGAAUGCGCUAAGCCACUUGCCCCUGCUGGAGAGCUGGCUGAGUGCUCACACCGGGGAUCAGGAAGAGGAGUUUGAUAAGAACACAGGCGGUAAUGCCCUGUGCCAGGCCGCUAUCCGCAAGCUGGUGGAGUACAUCCAGCUGAACUUUACAGAGUGCGAGAGCGCUCUGUACAAUGGCACGUCACUCAAGGAAGAAGUGGACGCGGAAGUGAGGGCGGUCUGUCAGAGCAAGGCCGAAGGAGAUGGCCAAGAGUUCGGCCUCAGCUUCGGAAACAUCCCUAUUUUUGGGGAUCCUGAGGGGAAGAAGAAGGGGAGGCGGAGGCGCAGGAAGGGUGAUAAGGGCCCUGUGCUGGACGUAGGAUGUAUCUGGGUGACGGAGGUGAAGAAGAAAAGCCCUGCAGCACGCUGUGGAGACAUUAAGCUGAGGGACGAGCUGUUGUCACUCAAUGGGCAGCUGAUGGUGGGCGUAGACGUCACUGGAGCCAGUUAUCUGGCGGACCAGUGCUGGAAUGGCGGCAGCAUCUACCUGAUCAUGUUGCGGAGGAUCAAGCGCAAAGCCCCUCUCCCUCCAUGCAAUGGCAGCAGUGGUGGCAACUGCGCAGAGGUACCGAACGAGCACCGCAGCAGUGUCUCCUCAGAGCCUGCGGGCAGCCCCACUCAGAAUGGCAAAAGAACUCGCAAAUUUGGCGUAAUUUCCCGCUCUUCGUUCACCCGGGACAGCAAGGAGAGCAAGGACAGUCGAGACUUUGAGCAUGAGAAUGGCUACAGUUCAAUGGAAACGGAGGUCACGACCCCAGAGACCAGCACCCCACCGGGAACACCAACUGAGGAGAGGCCCGUCUUUAGUCCAUCAACGACGAUACCCAAUCACAUGAAGGUUGGGAGCACUGCCACUUUGCCUAGUCGCUCCCACUCACGUCUGUCUGAGAAUCAUAAGACUGAGUCUGUGAGCAGUGAGCCCUCGAGCCAGCCUCAGGAGGGCAGUCAUAUCUGGAAGAUGCACAUGUUGAAGGGGCAGGACGGCCUGGGCAUUCAGAUCACGGGUGGCCGCGGCUCUAAGCGCUCUCCACAUGGAAUCAUAGUGGCCCACGUGGAGGAAGGAGGAGCUGCUCAGAGGGAUGGACGACUGAAGGCAGGCGAUGAGCUGCUGAUGAUCAACGGUCACUCCUUGGUGGGCCUCUCUCAUCAGGAGGCUGUGGCUGUCCUGAGAUCUACUGCAGGCCUAGUGCAGCUGGUGGUGGCCAGCAGGGAUGAAUCUGAAGUGGACUUCCACAAGUUCCCCUCCACCAGCCUGCCGGACCUGGUGAGCCCUUGCUCAGGACAGGACACCCUGCCCUUCCCAGGGGAGGAGAAGGAGAACAUGGAGCCGGAUGUGGAGGACGUGAGGGCCAGCAGCCUUUCCCUGCCCACCCAGGGCUCGUUCACAGAGCUGGAUAAGCUGGAUGAGCGUGGCCGAAUGGAAGGACCCAAAGGAUGCUGCCGCAGCCCGACGCCUAUGAAGUUCCGCAGCAGAUCUCAAGGUGGCGGCUCCCGUCUAGAGUCUGUUGGAGAAGAUGAUGAACUGAUUGUUGAAAACGGUGAAUCUGGAAGUGACACAGCAGAGAAACCUUCGCGAGGUGGACGCAAACACUCCCUUCCACAGCAGCUGGACACUGUCGGAAUCCGACAGGAAUAUCAAAUUGUGAAGAAAUCGGCACGUUCCCUAAGUACUGUUCAAGUGGAGUCUCCAUGGCGACUGGCACAACCGUCUAUUAUCUCCAACAUUGUCCUGAUGAAAGGACAGGGCAAGGGUCUGGGAUUCAGUAUAGUUGGAGGCCAAGAUUCCGCUCGAGGGAGGAUGGGGAUAUUUGUCAAAACUAUUUUUCCUAACGGAGCAGCGGCAGCAGAUGGAAGACUCAAGGAGGGGGAUGAGAUUCUAGAAGUGAAUGGAGAAUCGCUUCAAGGCCUCACACAUCAGCAGGCCAUCCAGACCUUUAAGCAACUGAAGAAGGGUGUAGUUACAUUAACUGUACGCACCCGUCUGCGUAGCCCCAGCCUGACCCCCUGCCCAACACCCACGCUGCUCAGCCGAUCCAGUUCUCCCAACUCCAACACCAGUGGUGGAACACCCGUACCCAGUGGGUUUGAUGAAGGAGACUCCCGGAGGGGCCCUGGCCCGAAAGACCGCAUCAUUAUGGAGGUCACCUUAAAUAAAGAGCCUGGUGUGGGGCUGGGAAUCGGUGCCUGCUGUUUAACGUUAGAGAACAGCGCUCCUGGGAUCUACAUUCACAGUCUGGCUCCAGGAUCUGUGGCCAAGAUGGACGGCAGACUCAGCCGAGGGGACCAGGUGCUGGAGGUAGAUUCCGUGAGCUUACGUCAUGCAGCACUAAGCGAGGCCUAUGCUAUCCUGAGCGAAUGUGGCCCUGGUCCAGUGAGCCUCAUCAUAAGCAGACAUCCCAACCCAAAGGUGUCGGAGCAAGAGAUGGACGAAGUGAUCACGCGCUCCACCCACAGAGACAGUUUAAGCAGGGACAGUCAUUCUUCUCACACUCUGGGACUGCCGUCCAAGAGCCCUUCUCCCACUGUGAAGGCAAGGCAGGGCGAGGGCAACCAGGCUCUCAGCUGGACCAUGAAGAGGUUCUUAGAGCCAGCCAGUCGGCAAGGUUCUUUAAGUUCUGAGGCGGAGCUUUCUCAGUACUUCACACAUGAUGUUCCCACCCAGUCUUCUCUCUCAGAGACUAUGGCCACGGGCUCCAGCGAUGAGGACGUGGUUCACAUCAGCAGAAGCUGUAAUACCUCGAUGGAUGAGCCAACAGCAGCACAUUCACAUACUUUUAAAGAUACUGAGAGCAACCCCGCGUAUGCAGACGGCUGUAAAUCUUCAAGCGCUGUUAGCCGAACCACAGCUGACCCAACCCGGCAGGCCAGUGUGGGCAGCAGCCCCAGCUCCGUCCGCAGCCCCUUGCUCCGACAGCGCCGGGUCAUAUGCUACGAGGAUGAGCCCAGCGACGAGGAACUGGGGCCAGACGGGGACUCCAGAUCCUUCCAACGGCUGCACUGCAGCAUCCCUCAUGAUUCCAGCCAGAACAACCAGCAGGAGGAUGACUCGGGCAUUGUCAUGGCCACAUCUUCGGUGGAAGUAGACGACGAGAGUCAGGACAGCAGUGAGGGUCACAGGCACAGUGAACCAGCCACUCCAACUUACGGCAGCUCUUUGGAGUCGGAGGAAGGAGGCGGCCUCCCGCCCGGCGCAGAGUCGCCUUUCAUGCCUAUUCGCUGCUUUGAGCACAGUGCUGGAGGAAGUGGAGCUAACCUGGGCGUGAAGAAGGAACCGCACCGUGAAGUGCAGGAGUCAAAGCGCUCACCCAAACUGGAGCACAAAGCCGUGACACGGGUCAAGAGUAUGAUGAGCAUCGAGUGCCCUAACCCUCCACAGAAGCCCAAAGGUGAGGAAACUACAGCUACAACAACGGCCAACCCAACUCAGACUAGCCAGAGCGGGGCACGGACACCUGGCAGACCCCAGCACCACUGCAGGAGGGGCGAGGCCAGUGAACUGGCUGGCAUUUGUACUAUUGAGACUGUGGUUCUGAAGCGCAGUGAGACGGAGUCCUUUGGACUGGAUCUGGAGAUCAAAUCAUCCCCUCUGAAGGUGCUGAUCACAGGACUGAGGCCUGGAGGAGCUGCAGAGAGGGAAGCCAGAGGGAGAAUGAGUGUGGGAGAUGAAAUCAUAGCCAUUGGCGACACCCCUGUGUGCACCUCGUCCUAUCAGGAAAUCUGUGACCUCAUGCACAACCUGCCUGUCACUCUGACAUUAGAGAUCAAGAAGCCUGUCUCAGCUGUAGAUCGACUCUCUAGUUUAAUGAUGUCGUCUGGCUGUGAACUGUCUGCUAAGACAGAGGCACCUAAAGCUGCCUUGGAGGAGAAAACCAGCACAGACAAAACAGUGGUUGAAAGUAUAGAAUGUUCUUCUCUUGAAUCAAAUUCAAACAGCACGGAUGAAACCACAUCUAACGAGGUACCCGUCACUAAUAUUGACGAUGUUGUAAGUGAACUGAACUCUUUUGAAGAAAAUGUGAACUCAGACAGAAUACAGACUGUUCCAGAAGAUACUGAGACUACUGCAUGUGCAGUAGAAGAGAAGGAGAGUACGACUACCGUUCCACUACGACCAAAACUUUUGGAUUUCUCUGUUUUGGAUUCAGAGAACAAAGGUUGCCUUUUGCCAGUAGGGACAACAUUUCUGAACAGCUACUCCAGGAAUUACAGUCAGCUCUCGAAUGAAGACGCAGCCCUUUCUGUGAAAGGGUUUGGUGAAAAAACAAGCAUGUACAAUAUGUUGGAUGAAAGUGAUUCUGAAAGUGACUCCACAGCCACAGAUAGAGCUGUGAAAGCUGAGAAGCCACCGGAUCGCUGUAAAGAUCCUCAGGACACGGACUCUGAUGAGGAGAUUGAGCUGUGUUAUAGCAAGAUUGAGUCAAGUCAAGAAAAAGACAAUUGUGUUUCGCAUAAAGGGCAAAUCACAGGAAGUCAGACAGAUAAAGAAAUUAUUCCUGAGGAUGUUCUUUCUCUUAGGAAAGAAUCUCCUAACAUAUCUUCCGCCACCUCUCCCAUUCAUCCAGUAUGUUCCCAAUCAGCAGGUUUAGAAUCAGCUGUGAAUGGAGAUACUAAACAACUUCCUGCAAUGGACCAGGCAACCUGUGCGACUUUGUCAAACCCAGAACCCUCAGAGUGUAGUGCUGAUGAGAAGUGUGAAACGAUUGUGACUGUACCCGUCACAACCAGCGAAACACAAGUAUCAUCAAGUGUCAGUACUCCCCCUGCAGGCUGGAGUAGCCGCCAUGUGACCCCACGGAGUCAGGACAGGACAUCCAAGAUGCAGACAAAUUCAUUGUCAACCUCAGAUAAACCCAACACUGUCCAAAUGUCACUCACCCAAGCUGUACCGGAGCCCAAGGCUUCAAAUUAUUCCAACGGUAAAUCCAGUGGAAGAACAUCCACCACACAGACUACAAAAGACAAAGAGAAAGAUAAAACUCAUUCUAGUUCAGACUCCAAAUCACUUCUUUCACAGUCUCAAGCUAAAUCCGCCGCUAACUCCCCCCGGCCUUUGGGACACAAAUCUCUGAGUGAUACGCCGGUCUCACCUCUCUUAAAUAGCAGGUUCAAACCAGAAGAAAAGAAAUCCAGCACCUCUGCCAAGCUUAAAGGUUUAAGUAUUAAAAGUAAAUGCAAAGGACAGGAGCAGCAAGUCUGCAGGCCAGCCAGGGCUGAAAAUGUAUUGCCAAAAAAGGCCCAUUCAUCGCCUGUUCAGUCCCCGAAGCUAGCAGCCAGGAGAAGCACCCCUACAAAUAGUCCAAAAAUGAUAAGAUCACUAGAGAAGAACUUAGUGUCCUCUAUUAAAACAAGCCAAGAGAGAAGUGCUUCAAAUGCUUCAAAUAUUUCAAACGUGCCCAGCACCUUAAAAGCCAAUGGACCAGAGUUAACGGAUGGUAUAAAGGAAGAACUCGUUUCUGAAACCGAGAAAGAAAAUUCCUUUUCUAAGCAGAAUGAGCUCAUAUCCAAGUGUGAGCCAGCAGCUUCUAAACAAAGGACUUUCAUUGAGGUGCGUCUCUCAUCGUCUUCCUUUCCAUCCCCUCCUUCAUCCUCUCCUUCAUCCUCAACCGUUCUGGCAUGCAACGAAACCUCGAAUGUCAAUAUUUCAAGCAUUCAAGUUCAGGGAAGUUCAGUUCACCCUUUAGAGCAAAGUGUUUGUAUUGGAAGCUCAGCAGAACUGUUGGGAGAAGUAUCUAGCAAUGUAAGCAAUGUGGAUAGUAGUCUCAUGAACGCCAAGAUAUCAUCUCCUGGUCUAAAAUCAGGAAGAUCAAAACUUGAUGUUGCACUGGGACGAAGGAGCUACUCCACAGAUACCAGUGGAGCUCUGGAUCCCAACCCUUUUUCUGUCAGGCAAAGAAUAAAAUCGUUUGAGAACUUGGCCGGCUUUGAUCGUCAAGUUGUAAGGAACAUAGACAUCCAGUCUUAUGCUCUUACCUAUAAGGCUACACUCAAUAGAAGACUGUCAGGUUACAUGGGCUCUUCUAGCAAUCAGUCCACUGACUAUCGUUCAUUGAGAAGGAGCUUCAGCUCUUGUGUAGACAAUUUGAACUCAUCACUACCACCACAAAACUCCUUUACAAAUGGGGUUCUAAACAAUUGUAACCAAUCAGCGACAGAUAAAACCACUGAACCAGUCACAGAGGAGAGGGUAGCAACUGAAAACGCUGUACCCCAGUCCAGUCCAGUACCACACACUCCACCAGUGCUGCGCUCCCGGAACGCCCGGUCCCAUGGCGGGGUGUCACGGAUAAGACUGAGAGAACUGAGGGCGCUUAGCAUGCCUGAGCUGGACAAGCUGUGCACAGAGGACUUCUCACGCAACCCUGGCAAUGUCACAUUCAAAACAGAGCUGGAAAUCCACCCUAUAAGACCCACAGAGCCACCAUCCGACCAUCAGCAGUGCACUGUGGUAACCAGGGUGAGCAUGAUUGACCCGGAAACUACUGGCACUGUCAGCAAUGGGGGGCACACUCAGGAGCAAACUACAUCACUUUCAAGUUGGUCUGUCAGCCUGAAAGAUGUGUCAUCAUCUCCACUGGAGCAGACAAAAGUACAGAAUGUCCUAAAAUCUGUUUCGGCCAAAGUGGACAUGAUGACCCUGAUGGAGGAGCUGAACAGCGUUUCAGAGGUUAAAGAGGAUGUGCACUUUGUGGUCUUGUCCAAGGAGGAAGGCUCUGGAUUGGGUUUCAGCAUCGCUGGAGGAGUGGAUUUGGUGCAGAAAUCCAUCACUGUUCAUCGAGUCUUUACUCACGGGGCAGCUGGAAUGGAAGGUACCAUUCGUCGAGGGGAUGCUGUGCUGUCCAUAAACGGGAGCAAUCUGAGUGGGACCACCCAUGGCGAGGCUCUUUCCUGUCUACAUCAGACCCGAUUGCAAAAACAGGCUCUUGUGGUCAUUCAGAGAGGCAAAGACAGUGAGCCCUCAUCACCUAGACGUGAUGUUUCCUUACAGCCAGGAACCUGUCCUUCCCCAGCCUAUCAGGAACACAGUAGAGAGAAUGGAACAAUUAUGGAAGUUGGUCCUGAUGGAGCUUUGAGUGUGGAGCUACAGAAGACUGCAGCAGGCCUGGGAUUCAGCCUAGAGGGCGGCAAAGCAUCAGCUCAAGGAGACAGACCACUCUACAUCAAGCGCAUUUUCAGAGGAGGUGCUGCUGAAGUGUCCCGGGUCAUUGAUGUGGGAGAUGAGGUUCUAGCUAUAAAUGGCAGGUCCUUGCAAGGCCUAAUGCACUACGAUGCCUGGAACGUCAUCAAGGCGAUCUCUGAAGGCCCCGUCCAGUUAGUGAUCAGAAAACCCCGGACUUCAGUAUGACGUUCAGCAGGACUGUGAGCAGCGGACUUAUUCAGUGUGUAAACUGAUCAUCAGAGUGCCAAACUGAUCAUAUUGUACAUAUAAGGAUGUUUUUCCCUCUUUUUAUACGUGUAUUUUUUUUUUUUUUUUUUUUUUUUUUACCAAUCCCUGUGAUUUUACAGUUUUUUUAAUGGGAUUUCUACUGACUAAUCGACCAUUUUUAAUUGGAAGGUGUUUGUCUGACUGAAACACGGGUUUUCUGAUUAAGUCCUAUUUUUGAAGCCCAGUUCAUUGAUGUCCACAAAGCUUAAAACCUUAAAGAGCAAAUUCAUACCUUAAACCUGAUGAUUUGUGGCUGUGCAAUCAGAGUAGAAAGUACUCAUUUGUACAGUGAACUUAAAAGAAUCUUAUAUUAUGAAUUUUGUGACACUUUGUCACAUAGAAAUAAUGCAUAUUGUUAAUUUAUACAUUUGUUUCACAAGGAAGAAAUGUGGAUUUAGUUUCAGCUUAUCUAAGGACGCUGAAGUUUGUUUGAUUGCUUGCCUGCCUGCCUGAAUUUUGAGGAAAUUUCUCUAACGAAAUGUGUUUUUUCUUUCUUCUGUCGUCUCUCCUCUGUUUUUUAACUGAUUUCUAUCCAAUCCCCUAGUGGGAGCAAUGCCUCCAGUUACUGUUUGAAAAAAUCUUGUUUUAUUCCAUCAUUUCUUUAAGAAUGCUGUCAUUUAAGAAGUGGGACACACAAUCCAUAUUUGAAAUAUUUCACACCUUAAAUGAACCUGCUUCCUGUCACAGGAAGUAACUCACGGUUAAAAAAAGCACACAUCUCCCCAAAAGCAUAUCCUCAAUCACACACCAAACUUCUUAGAACUGCUUUGAACUUAGUCCCGGACUCUUUCUGGACUACUUGAUUGCAUUCUUCCAGCUGUGAAUAUUUUUCCUUGAGAAACUCAAAGACUUUCCAGUGAGUUAUUAUGUUGUAUCAACACUGCAUCAAUGCUGUAGUCAUAUUUUACUUGAAUUGUCUAUGUGUAAAUAUUGCGGUCCCCACAAACAAUAUUUUAACUUAAUGUAUCUGGACUCUCAAGCACAAGUUUGUUUAUAUUGAAUCAUGACAAAUCUAAUAAGUGAACAUUAUGAUUUCUGUGCAUUCCCUAACCUGCAUUUCAUGCUAAUGCCCCUGUGUAAAAAUACAUUAAACAUGUUUCAAUGCAGUGAUAUUCAUUGAUCCUGAAUAUUC